AUGGCGCUAGACUUGCAAGGGCAUGCCAACAGGUGGCGAGAGCUCCAUGGCAAGGACUUGUGGAAGGGCCUCCUGGACCCGCUCGACAUCGACCUCCGCAAGUCCAUCAUCUCCUACGGCGAGCUCGCGCAGGCCACCUACGACGGGUUCUACCGCGAGAGGCGCUCGCCGCACGCCGGCGCGUGCCUGCACGACCGCUUCGACCUCCUGUGCAGCUCCGGAGCGUCGGCUGCCGCCGACUACGCCGUCACCAAGUUCGUCGGCGCUGCCCGUGCCCAACGCGUUCCUCCUCCGGCCAGCACCGGGGCUCAACCAGGACGCGUGGUGCAGGGAGUCCAACUGGAUCGGGUACGUCGCCGUGGCCACCGACGAGGACGCGGCCAGGCUGGGCGGCGCGACGUCGUGGUGGCGUGGCGCGGGACGCUGAGGAACCUGGAGUGGGUCAACGACUUCGAUUUCACGCCAGUGCCCGCCGCGCCGGUGGUGGGCGCCGCGGCGGCCGCGCACCCGCUCGCCAUGGCGCAUAGGGGCUUCCUGUCGGCGUACAGGUCCAGCAACGCGAGCUCCACGUUCAACAGUCCAGCGCCAGAGACCAGGCAAGUCGACACCUUGUUAGUUCUGAUUGUACUUACAAGGAGAAUAUUCAUGAGUACGGUUCCGUGCGAGAUAGUGCAUGCCUCAUUGAUAUAG